CUGAGCCCCCCGGUCAUGUUCUCGGUGCAGGAGGCGCUGCCCCGGGGGGGGGUCCCCAUGAAGGAGGAGCCGCUGAGCGCGGGGCUCCCCGCCGGCCGCUGGCUGCAGGGCACCGGCAUCCUGGACGCCAGCACGGCGGCGCAGAGCGGGGUGUCGCUGGCCCGCGCUCACUUCGAGAAGCAGCCGCCGGCCAACCUGCGCAAGUCCAACUUCUUCCACUUCGUGCUGGCCAUGUACGACCGCCAGGGCCAGCCCGUGGAGGUGGAGCGCACCUGCUUCAUCGACUUCGUGGAGAAGGAGCGGGAGCAGAACGGGGAGAAAACCAACAACGGGAUCCACUACCGGCUGCAGCUGCUCUACAGCAACGGGCUGAGGACCGAGCAGGAUUUGUACGUCCGCCUCAUUGACUCCAUGUCCAAGCAGGCCAUCAUUUACGAGGGGCAGGACAAGAACCCCGAGAUGUGCCGGGUGCUGCUGACGCACGAGAUCAUGUGCAGCCGCUGCUGUGACAAGAAGAGCUGCGGGAACCGCAACGAGACCCCCUCGGACCCCGUCAUCAUCGACAGGUUUUUCCUCAAGUUUUUCCUCAAGUGCAACCAGAACUGCCUGAAAAACGCCGGGAACCCGCGGGACAUGCGGCGCUUCCAGGUGGUGGUGUCCACCACGGUGCACGUGGACGGCCACGUCCUGGCCGUGUCCGACAACAUGUUCGUCCACAACAACUCCAAGCACGGCCGGCGCGCCCGGCGCCUCGACCCCUCCGAAGCAGCCACCCCCUGCAUCAAGGCCAUCAGCCCCAGCGAGGGCUGGACCACGGGCGGUGCCACCGUCAUCGUCAUCGGGGACAACUUCUUCGAUGGCCUCCAGGUGCUCUUCGGCACCGUGCUGGUGUGGAGCGAGCUCAUCACCCCCCACGCCAUCCGCGUGCAGACCCCCCCCCGCCACAUCCCGGGGGUCGUGGAGGUGACGUUGUCCUACAAGGCCAAGCACUUCUGCAAGGGCGCCCCGGGACGCUUCGUCUACACUGCCCUGAACGAGCCCACCAUCGAUUACGGCUUCCAGCGGCUGCAGAAGGUGAUCCCGCGGCACCCCGGGGACCCCGAGCGCCUGCCCAAGGAGGUGCUGCUGAAGCGCGCGGCUGACCUGGUGGAGGCGCUUUAUGGGGUCCCCCACAGCAACCAGGACGUGCUGCUGAAGCGGGCGGCCGACGUGGCCGAGGCGCUCUACAGUGUCCCCAGGGCCCCCGCGCAUGUCACUGUCCCCUCCUUCGGCGGGGGACAGCUCGGCCUCGCCAUGGGCGACUCCCCGCAGGGCUCCGAACAAGGGUUCUCGCGCAGCCCCGGGACGCCCCCGGCGCGGGGGUUCGGCCCCCCGGGCUCGGCCCCCCAGCAGGGCUUUGCCGGGGCCACCGGGGGCUUCGGCGGGGCCACCAUGGCCGGGCUGGGGGUCCCCGGGUCCCCUCCGAGCUUCCUGAACGGCUCCACAGCCACCUCCCCCUACGCCAUCCUGCCCGCCAGUCCCCCUCUGGGUGCCUCGUCCGUCGCUGUCACCUCGGGCCCGGGCACGGCCACCUCGCCCGGUGGCUUCUCCUUCUCUCCGGUGACGAUGAUCUCGGCCGUGAAGCAGAAGAGCGCCUUCGCCCCCGUGCUGCGGCCACAGGGGUCCCCCCCGCCCGCCUGCGCCAGCGCCCUGCAAGACCCAGCUUUCGAGGACUCGGACAAAUUCCACGCUCCGGCGCGGCCGCUCCAGGGAUUGGCCUAUUCCUAAGGAAGGCGUGUCCAGAGGGGCUCCGGACCCCCCAUCCCGCCGGGACAAGGACUGGGGACAUCCCUGUCCCCUGUGCCCUCCCCUCAGAGCUGGGCGGAGCCGCCACGCGGAGCGGGAUGAGGGGACCCGGCCCCCUGAUGUCCCCACCCCUGGUGGCCCCGGCCUGGCCCGGCUGAGGGGGGACUUGGGGAAAUCCUGGAAUGAGCCAAAAUUCCUGGGUUCGGCUUCGGGAAGAGGCAGAGAGAGCCGGGAAUGGGGCAGAGGAGGGAGCGGGGUGGAGACGCCGGGAUGGGCAGGAGGGGUGGGCCAGGAUGGGAGGGAUGAUCCAAGGUGGGAUGGAUGAUCCAAGGUGGGAUGGAAGCUCUGGAAAAGGAAGGAUGAUCCAGGUGCAACGGGUGAUCCAAGGUAGGAUGGAUGAUCCAGGUGGGAUGGAAACUCCAGGAUGGGUUGGAUGAUCCAGGUGGGAUGGAUGCUCUGGGAUGAGAUGGAUGUUCCAGGUUGGGAUGCGUGAUCCAAGGUGGGAUGGAUGAUCCAGGGUGGGAUAAGAUGCUCCAAGGUUGGAUGGAUGUUCCAAUAUGGGAUGGAUGCUCCGGAAAAGGAUGAUCCGAGGUGGGAUGGAACCUCCAGGAUGGGUUGGGUGAUCCAGGUGGGAUGGAUGAUCCAAGAUGGGAUGGAUGUUCCAAGGUGGAGUGGAUGAUUCAGGAGGGACAGAUGAUCCAGGAUGGGAUGAAAGCUCCGGAAUAGGAUGGAUGAUUCAAGGUGAGAGGGAUUAUCCAAGAUGGGAUGGAUGCUCUGGAAAAGGAAGGAUGAUCCAAGGCAGGAUGAAUACUCCAGAAUGGAAGGGAUGUUCUAGGUUGGAUGGAAGCUCGAAGGUGGGAUGGAAGCUCUGGAAAAGGAUGGAUGAUCCAAAGUGGGAUGGAUGACCCAAAGUGGGAUGGAUGCCCUGGAAUAGGGUGGAUAUUGAGGGUUAGAGGGAUGAUCCAGGAGAAGAUGGAUGCUCCUGGGCAGGGGGGAUGAUCUGGAGUGGGAUGGAUGGAUGGAUGGAUGGAUGGAUGAUGGAUGGAUGGAGGAUGGAUGAUGGAUGGAUGGAUGAUGGAUGGAUGGAUGGAUGAUGGAUGGAUGGAUGAUGGAUGGAUGGAUGGAUGAUGGAUGGAUGGAUGAUGGAUGAUGGAUGGAUGGAUGGAUGGAUGGAUGAUGGAUGGAUGGAUGAUGGAUGAUGGAUGGAUGGAUGAUGGAUGGAUGGAUGGAUGGAUGAUGGAGCCAUGGGUACUCCAAGGCAGGAGGGCUGAUCUGGGGCAGGAUGGACGUGCCCAGGAGAGAUGGAUACUCUAAGGUGGGACAGAUGCUCCGGGUGGGAAUAUCCUGGAUACCCCAGGACAGGACGGAUGCUCCGGUGGGACCCGGCUCCUCCCGCCUUUCCUGGCUCUCUCCCCACUCCAAUCCAGAGCCUCACCCACAAUUCCAGAAUCUGAUCCCAGAUCCCGGAUCUCCGCCUGUCCGGGAUGAGGAUCCUGAUGCCACCCGGGGUGUGGGGACACCGCGGUCCCUGUCCCCUGCCAUUAAUUAUCGCCAUUAUUAUCGAUAUUAAUUAUCAGAUUUAUUUUGACCACAGGGAGGGGGGCGGUCCCUGGGUGUCCCUGUCCCCUCCCCCAGCCGGGAAUUUUGUACAUAAAACGGGAAGAAUUCCCAACAUUCCCCUUUUCCUCCACUCGGGGGUCGCUCGUGUCCCUCCCCUCGUGUCUGUCCCCUCUCGGUGUCACCGCGUGUCCCCCCCACCCCGGGCUGGGGGGGGUGACCUUUGGGGACAAUGUCCCCCCCUUGCGGAGGUGGCGCAGGGCGUGGCCGGGGGCCCGAGUGGGAAUUAAAGACCUCGUGGAAAA